AAGAUGGAAAAGUCACGGCCAAUGUGGGAUAAUCCUUUACAAUUUGUAUUUGCCUGCAUAUCGUAUGCUGUUGGGUUAGGAAAUGUAUGGAGAUUUCCAUAUCUAUGUCAGAUGUAUGGAGGAGGUGGUUUUUUAAUUCCAUAUUUCAUCAUGCUGAUUGUAGAGGGAAUGCCCUUACUAUAUUUAGAACUAGCAGUGGGACAACAUUUACGCCAAGGAAGUAUUGGAGCAUGGAAAACAAUAAGCCCGUACCUUAUUGGAGUUGGAUAUGCCAGUGUUGUUGUAUCCUUUUUUCUCUGUAUUUAUUACAAUGUAAUAAAUGCCUGGGCAUUCUGGUACCUAUUUAACUCAUUUCAGGAUCCAUUACCAUGGUCGAUUUGCCCAUUGAACAGCAACCUUUCAGCCUAUAAUGAGGAGUGUGAAAAUGGUUCCCCUACUCAAUACUUUUGGUAUAGGGAAACCUUAAACAUAUCCUCCUCCAUUUCAGAGGGUGGAGCCAUCCAAUGGGAACAGGCAGUUUGCUUAAUUUUGGCUUGGUUUGCUGUCUACCUUUGUAUUCUAAGAGGUCCAGAAUCAACUGGUAAGGUUGUCUAUGUCACAGCAUCAUUACCAUACAUUGUCCUUCUCAUAUAUUUGGUCAGAGGUCUUACAUUACACGGGGCAGUGAAUGGCCUAGCCUACAUGUUUACACCCAAGUUGGAUCAAUUAGCAAAUCCCAAAGCCUGGAUCAAUGCUGCAACACAGAUCUUUUUCUCUUUGGGUCUUGGAUUUGGAAGCCUUAUUGCCUUUGCAAGUUACAAUGAACCGAACAACAACUGUGAAAGACAUGCUAUCAUUGUUUCUCUAAUAAACAGUGGGACAUCCAUAUUUGCCAGCGUUGUGACCUUUUCAAUCUAUGGAUUUAAGGCUACCUUCAACUAUGAAAGCUGUCUAAGCAAGGUAAUUCUAUUAUUAACAAACACCUUUGAUCUUGAAGAAGACACAUUAACUGCAGACAAUCUUGAAGAAAUGAAAAGCUACCUAAACACAACUUUUCAUGAAGAAUACUCAGCUAUAGUACCACAAAUGAGAAACUGCAGCUUGGAAACAGAGCUAAGCACAGCUGUACAAGGAACUGGGCUUUCAUUUAUUGUUUACACUGAAGCAAUCAAAAACAUGGAGGUGUCACAGCUUUGGUCAGUGCUAUAUUUUAUCAUGUUACUGAUGUUGGGCUUAGGAAGCAUGUUGGGAAAUACUGCUGCAAUUCUCACACCGCUAACAGACAGCAAGUUUAUUUCUAAGCAUUUGCCAAAAGAGGCCAUAUCAGGAUUACUCUGCCUUUUCAGCUGCCUAAUAGGACUGAUAUUCACUAUGGAGUCUGGGAACUACUGGUUUGAUAUAUUUAAUGAUUAUGCUGCAACACUAUCUUUACUUCUUAUAGUUUUGGUGGAAACAGUUGCAAUCUGUUACAUUUAUGGACUAAAAAGGUUUGAAAACGACAUACAGAUGAUGAUUGGACAUAAGCCGAGCUGGUACUGGAAAAUCAUGUGGGCUUUUGCAAGUCCCUUGCUUAUAAUAAGUCUAUUUAUAUUCUACAUAACGGACUACAUUAUGGCAGGUACCCUACAAUACAAAGCAUGGGAUGCCUCUAAGGGUCAUCUGGUAACUGAAGAUUAUCCAACAUAUGCUUUAGUUGUUAUUGGACUCCUUGUAGGGUCAUCUAUUUCCUGCAUUCCAUUGGGCGCUUUGGUAACCUUUUUGCGUAACAGAGUUAGAAGAACCACAGAUACGAUAACACAGACUUAA